AUGCCACCAGAAACCUUCAUAUCCAGAUCACCACGACCUGCGAUAAGGACACCUAUCUUUUGGGCGAAUGCUUGGACAAUUGCGGAAACUGGAACCCAAGCCGGCUUCGAUUGGACGAUUGUCUUGGGGAUUCUGGAGGACGUUUUCAAUGGGGUGGAAGGGAGUUCACUAAUCGUGCCCAAGACAUCAGAUUCAAUCCCGAAGAAGGUGGUAGUCGCGUCCCUGUUCUUCGAGCCCGACUUCUGGACGACAGCAACCGGCCCUUGGAAGGAGAUGUGA